GGGUAAGAUCUUCCUGCAUCUACGAUACAUUACUCUUUUUAUGUUUUAACCCGGUUUUCACAAGGUAGCAGUGUACUUGUAGACUGUACUGUUUUUAAAGAUAGUGGUAAUCUUGUAACACCAGCCUCUGGAUCACAACCACGAUGAGGCUGACCGCUGUCCUGUCGAUGGCAGCCAGGGUAGUUAUUCCCAAAGAUUACCGCUUCGGCACCAACAGGCCGUGGACAGCGGCCGCUAAGAGGCUGAAUCCUCCGGGGAAGAAGAGGAGAAAGGUGUUCGUGGAGCCGAUAGCAGCAGAGGACUGGUCCGUGCUCAGAGGGGACACGGUCGAAAUCCUCGCAGGGAAGGACAAAGGGAAGCAAGGAAAAGUGAUCCAAGUCUUCAGACACAGAAACUGGGUUAUGCUGGAGGGUCUGAACACGCAUCACAGGUACAUUGGGAAAGGUGUGGAUAACCGAGGGACCUACAUUGCUAGUGAGGCUCCCAUCCUGCUCCGUGAUGUCGCACUCAUUGACCCCUCGGACAGGAAGCCCGCUGAUGUGCAGUGGAAAUUCACAGAGGAGGGGGAGAGAGUCCGAGUGUCGCUCAGGACGGGUCGAAUCAUCCCGAAACCUGUUGUGCAGCGUCGAGAUGGCAUCGUGCCAGAGCAGUGGAAAGAUGGACCGAAAGACACCAGUCCAGAAGACACUCUAGCAAAAACCUAUGUACCGUCUCUAAAAACCCUGGAAGAGGAGGUGAUGGAGACGAUGGGCAUCCAGGAGAACAGGAGGCACAAGCGAUCCUACUGGUACUGACCAGACAAAUCAGAGACACUCAGUUUUCACAAGGACUUCGUAGUCACCAUGUUUUGAUGGGUGUGUUAAAAAGAGACAGACAAUGACAUGUGUGGCACGUGGAUGGUAAAACACUGGUGAAGCAUACAUUUGACCAUGGAAAUGACAGCUUUGUAAACAUAUGAGCAGGUGAAACAGACCUGCCGCCUAAAUGUUUCCUGAUUAGUUUAAAUCGAUCUCUUUUAUCUGCGAUAUUUGAGUUUGAAUUAACUUAUCAUGUUGCCAUUGUGAAUAAAUGACACACGGGAACUAUUAA